AUGAGUUCUAGCUCGGAGACAUCGGUGGUUGCUUCGUCCAACCGUGGAGUGCCAUCCAAGUGCAAUUGUGGAGCCGGUGUGAGGAUCUUUACAUUGAGAACCGAAGAAAAUCCUGGUCGACCAUUCUUCUAUUGUUUCACCAAAAGAGAUCCAAGCUCGUGGACAAACAAAAGAGAUGGUCACUUGUUUAAGUGGGUCGAGGAGGCGGUGUAUGAGGAAGUUGAAGAUGCAUUACCAAAACUAGGACUUAUGGCAAAUGAGAUCGUGAAAACAAAUUCCCAGGUUAAUGAGUUGACUGCUGCUUUACUAGAGUUGAAGGAAGAAGCAUUGUGGAGAAAAGUGGAAAUCCGCAAGUUCAGAACGUUAUUGAAGAGCAUUCAAACCAUGGACUCCAGCCUCCUAGUCCUUGUGCACGCGGUGGAGCUUCAGGAGCUUCCCACUGUGUUGAUGCCCUCGUCUGUGUUGAAGCCCUCCUCCGUGUUGACGCCCUCCUCUGUGAGGGUUCAGCUCCGUGAUCCUCCAACAGAUGGUUGUGAAGCUGGUCCUUGA